ACUACUGUCGUACAGGUUCGAUGCCGGGCUCUUCAGCAAGAGCUGUAAGACGCAGGACAGGCACGUGGUUGGGCCCCAGCUAGUGAGGGCGCUCGGGGCAAGGACACGGCGACUAGCACAGGCGUGCCCCGACAUCGACAAGAUCGACGAGGUGACGGAGAGUGGGACGCUGACAGGUUGGAACCGUGUCUUCGAUUUCCUCCUCUCGAAGCUCGACCUGUCCAAUGUGAAUGAGAUGGGGAACUCUGCAGAGAAGUUCUUCAACACGCUCCACCGGGAGCCAGCACACGAGCGGGACCUCCUGGACGGCUCCGUGACGGAGGUCAUCGCGGGACCGCUGAGGACGUGGUGGCACUUGCGCCGCUCAAGGCUGACGCCUGUCGCGCGUGGGGAAAUCACGGCGACGGCGGGCGGCGACUAUGAUUUCGACAAGACGUACAAGGCGCUCUGCACUGGAUACCCGAUGGAGGCGGUGAAGGAAGUGGACGGGGUCCGCGAGAAGAAGGACAGGCGUGCGGGUUUCUAUGGCGAGGCGGACGAGAACGGAUACGACGGCCACGACGGCGAUGAUCGAUCGGAGCUCGCAGACAUCGUGGACCAGCUGGUGAGCUUGGCGGACGAGGAAGACGCGCUAAUGCUGGACGACGCUGAACUCCAGGACGAACCUGAGGACUGCAUCUAUGCGGAGUUCAAGCAGACUGGCCGGAACUUCAAGGUCGCGCGGGACCUCAUCCGCAGACUGAAGGUGGCAAGUGACUAUUACUCCGUCUUGCUGGGCGAGCUUGUCUUCCUCAAAGACGACGCGAACGGCAUCUGGGCGAUCCUGGACUGCGGGGCUACCCGGAACCUCAUCGGGGUCACGAUGGCGGAGUUCCUUGCCUACGACAUGAAGGAGAAGAUCGACGCCGAGUUCGACGUGGCCGAGACGACGCGAUUCUUCACAUUCGGUGAUGUCCAGUGCAAGAGCUUCAUGGGCUCCAUGGUCGGCAACAUCUUUCUGGGCAACGGACAGGAGAGGAUCGAGAUAUCCGUCAUGGACAACGACGUGCCGCUGCUGAUCGGGAUGGACACUCUGAGACCUGACCACACUAGCGCCCUGGUCGAUUGCGGGAACGGCUACCUGAUCCUGCCUAAGAUCUCGAACAACAUCUACCAGUGA